AUGUCAGUCUACGGCGCACCUCGACGCUGUUUCUUUUCGCAUGUAUCGCACAAUCAGCCGCGCCGGUCGCAUGUUUCUCAGGUGACCAAGCGCAAACUACAUGAACUCCCGUCGACGUUCGCAGGUUUCCCCUCAUGCAAUAUAUCGCAUGACGACAGCCAGUUAUUCACCCGAGUAGAGUACAUCCGUGCUCACGAUAUGGUCCCUGACAUGCGAUCGCGGUCCUAUCCCUUAGCCAUCUGUCUGUCGGAGGAGGCAGCCAUGUCCUUGUCCUGCUCUACCGCGCAACCAGACUUGCAUAGUCACCAUAUUAGCCUAUAUGUUUUUGGGGUGAGGUAUGACAUGUUGUCACGGAGGCGUUCUCCUUUGUAG